UGGAAGCAAAACUGAGGACGCACGACGACGACUUCCCCACGGUAGGAGGUGUUUCCCAUCCCCUCUUUCCCCACCUCCCACCACGACAAGCCCGAAUCCUCCGAUCUCCGGCGACGCGGCGAUGCGCGGCUGCUGAGAGCGCGGCGCCACGACCACUCCGGGAGCGAGGGCGGCCGCCAUGGACGAGGGCUACGCCAACCUCCCCACCAGCCACCUCCUCGGCUCCGUCCCCGCCGUGACCGUCACCCCCGAGGAGAGGAAGCCCGCCCCCGUCGCCGAUGCUGGCACCUCGCGUUUGCAACAGUUUCCGCCUGUUCUUGGUGCUAAUGGUGGAGGAGGAGGGUAUCAGCCUGCAGGGACCCCUUUAGACGGAGAUGUAGAACCUCAAACAAACUGGAGAGGAUACUUCAACAUUGCAUCUUAUGCUCCAUAUUUCAAUGUUGAUACUGAUGCUGUGGUUGACAGGCUCAUCAGUUCAGUUUAUCCAAUGGAUGGAUUUUUCAGGAAGAUCGAUGCUAAUCCUGACAUGUAUGGGCCCUUAUGGAUCACAACAACACUGAUAUUCAUGCUAGCUGCAUUUGGAAACUUUGCCACUUAUCUGAUGCAAAGGAAAACAGAUCUGAACAUAUGGAACUUUGAUGUUGGCUAUUUCAACUGGGCAGCAUCGGUCAUGUAUGGUUAUGCUGCUGUAGUGCCUGCUGUAUUCUUUUUCCUGUUUCAGUAUUUUGGGUCACGCCCAAGUCUUGUUCGGUUUUGGUGCAUGUGGGGAUAUUCUCUGUUUAUCUUCAUCCCAGCAUCUGUGCUGCUGCUUAUUCCUGUGGAAUUUCUUCGGUGGGUCAUCAUAAUCCUUGCUGGCGGUGCUUCAUCGUGGUUCAUCUCCUCAAACUUGAAGGAAUGCACUGAAGGAGCUGAUAUGAUGGUUCUGAUUGUUAGUGCAGCAGUGCUGCAGUUUGCUCUGGCACUGUUCAUCAAAGUUUUCUUUUUCGCCUGAGAUUGUCUUUUUUGGUGUUGCUCAGGUGAGCUUGACGUUUUUGUCUGCUCCCAUCAUUCUGUUCUGGCGGGCAUCCUUUUGAGGGCCAAACGGACUAGUCUUUUACUUAACAUACAUAUUGACUCUAGAUUGAUAGACCUUGUGUUUUGUUCCUUCCUAAGUUUUUUUUUUACCCCUUUAGUUCGCAGAACUGCAUCGUAUGUUUCAAAUCAGAAUUGCUGAAUUUGUCAUCUAAAUUUUGAUGUACCAUAACUAUUUUGACAAAUUCUUAGCGUGUUUCUGCUCAUGGCUGAGUGAUUGACUCCUCUUUGUAGUUUGAUCAA